AGCUAGAUGUUAGCCAACUUCACACCACACCACUCUCAAAGCGAACGUAAUUUAUGUUUAUGAUUUCUAUUUUUCUAUGGGUUAUUUGCUAUCUUUGUUUAUUACUUUUGAAUAGUUUUUGGAUUUUAUUGCCAAUAAUGUCUCAAGAAUCCAAAAUUUCUCUUCAUCUGGAUGUCAAUAAUGGAAUGGACAGGGUAACGGAAUUAGUUCAAACUAGGCUCAUUGAAUGUGGAUGGAGAGAUCAAGUGAGAUUAGCCUGCCGUAGAGCAAUAACAGAAAAUAAAGAUAAGCAAGUACCAACUGUUGAUGAAUUAAUAUCAAGAAUUACACCUAAGGCAAGAAGUAUGGUCCCUGAUUCAGUUAAAAGAGAAUUGUUACAUGAAUUAGAAAUGAUUUUGGUCAAUGUAGAUAGAACAGGUUAUGCAAAACAUUUCUAAUGCUUCAACAUAUUUUCAAUUAAUUGUAAAGUAUUCACUAUUGUAAACUGAAUGUGCUCAUAUUUGAGAUACAACUAUUGUAUGGUCAGAUUAAUUAAGUUCUUACAUCAUUUAUGUUUAGUAAAAAUGUUUAUCAGGUAUUGGGAUGAACAUUUUAUUUGUGGAAUAAAACAUUUCACCUAA